AUGAUACACGAAUCCAAGAGUUCCUUCAACUCCGGAUGCGCCUUGGACAUACAAAUCGCAUCAAGAGCUGGACAAACAGAUUUAUUCUCUUGCUCUAUAUCGCCAGUUCCUUCGUCCACCGCAAGUGCCUUCCCUUUAGCGUCACUUACGGGUCUGAAAACGUCUGCGUCUGGUGCGUGGUUGGUUGUCUUUGCUUCGCCCAUCAGGAGAGAGAAGCGAUAGGCAGAGUAUGUUUUCAAAGUAGACAUGAGAGAAUGGAACGUACCUGUAGGAUUUGAAUAGAGUAACUGAAAACGCUGGGUAUGGUAAACGACAAAGGCAGAAGAUGGUAUAACGAGGCGGAGAGUGUAGACUUGAAUGCCUGAACCGGAGCAGCGUAUGUAAUGAGCAUGUCGUAUAUUGCAAAUGUCGACUGAGAGUCACGGAAUGUGACCAGAGACAGAUGAUUCUUGGCGCUUCAGCUGCACAGCC